AUGUCCGACUUGGAGUGCUCGGCCAUCGCCGCCUCCUCCUCACCGUCUCUGCCGGCCGUCGACUCCAAUCCCCUCAGCUAUGCAUUCCUGGUGCACUCGCAGAAAACCCUGACUCAGAAUCUGCCACCUCGCGUCGAUAACAAGCUCCUGGCUCGUCAAAAACGGCGUCGAACGAGCCCUGAGGACCAUGCAAUUCUGGAGACGGAAUAUCAAAGGAAUCCCAAGCCGGACAAGGUGGCUCGAACUGAGAUUGUGAAUCGCGUCUCGCUCGGCGAGAAAGAGGUCCAGAUCUGGUUCCAGAACCGCCGCCAAAACGACCGUCGUAAAUCGAAGCCUCUACAACCACACGAGCUGCUUGCGCCGCGAUCAAGCAUGUCCGAUUCGUCCGGACUUUUACCUAGCGAUGAUAACGCGUCCGGGGAGCUAGGGUUCUCGAAUGGGGCGGAGCAAACAGAGGGUCAGGACCGACCCGAGGAAACGCGACCGAAAUCGUGGGGUGGCGAUUUGUUGCAGUUGUCCGAUACACCAGAGCCGGUGACUGGUGACAAGGAAGAGCCUGAACUGCCGCCGCUAAGCACACAGACGAGUGUGGCGACAGAAGCGAUGGAGGAUACCCCGCCGACCACACAAGAGGAAUUUCACGGGCCGGAUUCCGGACAAAGCAUGAGUGAGCAAAACAACCAAGAGGAGUCCUUGUUGCAGGCGCCAAAACGGAAACGGCCGACGGAAGAUAUUCGAGGGGAAAAGAAUUCCAACCAGCCAGCGAAGGAAGUGAACACGACGCCAGUCAAAUCACCUCCUUCACUGCGGCUGUCGAUGUCGUUUGAUGGGGAGGCUAUGGUUCGGAAAGAGGAUGAGAUGACACCGUCACCGCCAAAGGGUCGGAACGCGUUGCGUAUCGCUAUGUCGUCAGAUGGAAAGGCCGUCAUCCGUGGAGAGAAUGAGCCGUCACCGUCCAAGAACCGGGCAGCGAUGUUUUCUGUCCGCCGCACAAAACUCUCGGGCCUUCGUCGCAGCAGCAGUGCAAUCUUCCCGGCCACCCCGCGGGCGGGCACGACCGAGAAAGAUCGAAACUUUGGCCGAUCUCGUGAUCCUCGUAACUGGGAAUCAUUUUUUGAUACAGAUGCACGAAGUGCAUUGUCCACACCUGCCAGCUCUCAAACCGCCCCCAACGCCCACGCCUCUCCCGGUCUCUUCCAAUCCCGUUCCAACCGCACACUACCCCGAACUGUAUCAGGCAGACAGAGUCUUGUCUCAGUCCAUGCAGAUGCAAGCCGCACACCUAUCUCACAAGCAAUGGGGGAGAAGAGGCGAAAGCUUUCACGCACUGUCUCCUCUAUGGGCAGACUUGAGACCGAAAGGAACCGGUCCUCGAACCAAUCUUCCAAACUUUCCAAGUCGCUUUCGUCCAAACAUGACUUGGAACUAGAUGCCGGCGACUCUGACAAAGAGAACUGGGUCCCGGGUACACGAGCAACACCAGUUCGUCGCCGCACAACUUCUCAUGCACCACGACCUGCCUUGCGAGAAGCCAACCGCAAUCGGGGAUUAGGGAUAUCAUCCAACGGCAAACGCAACAGGCCAUUCGCAUCAGGGACCCAAGGCAAAGCUCCAGGGGAAUUGAGUGCAGAUGUUUCGGCCUUUAUGACAGGUGGCCCUGGAGCCAGCCAAGAAGACGACCUGGACUGCGUUCAGGGUCUCCUGUCCCUCAGCCAAGGGGCAUGGAGGUAG